GAGUGUUAGAGAUUUGGCUACUUCUCCUCCCACUGCAAAGAUUGCACUCAUCAGACUGCUGGGGGGACACCCAGGAGCCCAGAGGCAGGAGAUUCCAUACGGUUCAGUCUUUCUUGUCUAUUCUCUUCUGUCAGUUACAUGAUGCUGGCAGCGCUGUUCUUGCUGAGCGCCGUGCUGUUGUGCCUCCUUCUUUUUGUGGUUUGGAAAGUACGUACAAAUGGCGAGUGGGCACUCUGGUGGCACGACAACUACUUGGAAAGGUUAAAGGACUUUGUGACCGGCACCACGCGACCUGUUAGGAUUCUGCAAUUCGUACAGCGCUGUGCCACGCAUGGGGAUGCCCUCAGUGUCAUUUCUGCCAUCGACUCUUUUUGCAGCAAGGUUGAGUGGGCCAUGAACGUUGGAGACAAAAAGGGAGAAAUCCUGGAUGCUGUUAUUCUGGAGACCCGUCCUCGCUGUGUGCUAGAACUGGGCACAUAUUGUGGUUACUCUGCGGUGCGGAUCGCUAGGUUGCUGCCUCCUGGUGCACGGCUUGUUACCAUAGAGAUGAAUCCACACUAUGCCCAGGUGGCCAAAGAAGUGAUUCGGCACGCAGGGUUGGAAGCACAGAUGCCCCUUGUCCCCGAUUACCCAGUGCCCUCCGGCGUCUCCUCUUCCUGUUCUCAGGCCGAGCAGACAGCCAGCAACACAACCCUCCCACCUAGUUCAAACCAGCUCAGGUGGCGUUUGCAGGAAGCUCUUCUAUACACCACAUUGCAGUGCCUGCAGCUGCCCCUGCAACUUUUUUCUCGCACUUCCCAAAACCCGUUUACAUCAUCAUCUUCACUACCAACUCGGAAAGAAACUACGGAAAGGCAACCUGCUGCCCAAACCUGCAAGGUGGAACUGUUGGUGGGCUCCAGCUCCAUUUUGAUCCCUCAGUUGAAGAAGAAACUGGACAUUGAGAAUUUUGACCUGGUGUUUAUAGACCACUGGAAAGUCAGUUAUCUCCCAGACACCAAACUGAUGGAGGAAUGUGGAUUGCUGAGAGCCGGUUCUGUUCUUCUGGCUGACAAUGUUGUGUGUCCUGGUACCCCAGAUUACCUCCAAUAUGUAAGGAACAGUCCUAAAUAUCAGAGCCAGUAUUUCCAGUCCUAUCUCGAGUACCUACAGGUGGAGGAUGGCCUAGAGAAAUCCGUCUUCCUGGGUUGAUGGCCAUAGCAAGAACUAUACCAUGGUCACCUGCAGUCCCGCAACUAUCUCUGUGCUCCUGGUUGUAGAAGACUACUACUGGGCAGUGUUGUAAAUUUCCAUGGAUUCCAGUUUGUUGGGAGAAGGACAAGCUGAUCCUCCAAUCUUUUAGGAUAGAAUUUAAUUUGUUUACAUUGGGGCUGGGCUCUCUUUGGCUAAACUUUGACCACACAACUGUCAGACUUUUCCUAUUCAUGACGACUUCUGGAUUCAGAACAUCUUGGGGUCCUCCUAGGAAAAAAAAAAAAAAAAUCUGUUCACAAGGCUUUCUUUACAUCUGGUCAUGGUAUAGCCAAGAAUAUUAAUGGGUAUGCUUGAUAUAUAUAUUUAUUUUGAGCUAUGAGAUAAAAAAUUACUGAAUUUCUCCUUAAUCAUCAAUCUAAGUGUUAAGGUGGAAAGUCUGUUUCUCAAAAUGCAAAGGUAUCUGGGAAACAUUUUUGAAGGAGGCUCAAAAUAAUGUAAAAAUAGGACAAACAAGGGCGUACUCAGCUUCUAUUUAGGUUUAAGUGAGAGAUUUUAAUCCAAGUUUCAAUUACUUUUUUAUUUUUUAUAAAUUUUCAGAAUUGCUUAACUGUACCAUAACAUAUUGUCAAGUUUAAAGAUCUUGGUACCUUUUUCCCCAUAUGAUGUGGCACAGGCCGUGCAUGUUGCACAACAUGCCACCUCAGUAACCACCUAUUGUGCACAUUCUUGUUGGCAGUUGAACAAGCUGUGCUAUAAUACAGCCAAAGAGGACACAGAGAAAUGUGGUACAAGGUUUACAGAACAGAUAGACACAAAUGGUGGAAACCUGACCUGAUUUAUUCAAAGUACAUUUAUUAGAAUAAAAUUGGGAUCUGAUUCCCCCCACUGCCCUCCUAAUUAAACGGAGUGAUUUUAAUGCAUUCUCCCGCUGCCUUAGCUUGCCUGUGACAGGGCAGUGUUAACCUCUGAUCUCCUCUUCAGCAGUGGUGACCUGUGCAUUGCACAGCCAUAAGGAAUAAUGGACAUCCUAAGCAGCUAACAUUUUUGGAAGUUGUGUAUUUCCAUGCGGAUUGAACAGGCAACUUUAGAAAACUGCAUAAAAACCCGUUUACCGGUUCAGGUGCGAAUCGGGUCCGAUUUUUUUUUUUUGCCUGAAUUCACACAGGACCCCUUUGGAAUGUAGACUGCAGCCACCCCAGACCUGCGUGAACCGGCUCCAUUGCACGUCAUGUGAAUUGGAUGCGGAGAAAUCUGCAUCCAAUUCACACACGUGAACCCAGCCUAAAAGAGAUGUAUGGGAAUAAAAAAAAAUCACACACAACAUAUAUACUCACCUGUAUGCUGCAGCUUAAAGUAGUUGUAAAGGAAAAAAAAA